AUGGCCGCCCAAGUCGAUACGUGCACGGAAGAGGCGUUAGCAGUGCGGGCAAACUGGAAGGUCUUAGGCGCUGGCGGCGUUCGCCUGUUUGAUCGGUUCUUGGCAGACCGUCUUUUUGGCUUUGACGACAGCGAUCGGGCUGGCUUCAUAGAUGGCUGCGCCUGUUGUUACCUGGCCGCCCCAUCGCUGUUGAAGUUGCCUCACCAGGGCGUUGAUACUGAGGAUUCCAAUUCCCUACAGGAUUUCUGUGUCCAAGAUCGUGUCCUACCGUCGCAGGUUCAGUUUUUGGUGGAGGCAAGUAUGGUAGAUCUGGUUCAGUUUCCGAGCUCGGCUGGCGUAGAAGGUCCAGGUAGCCGCUUUGUAAAAAAGUAUCGUGCGGACGACAACUUUGUGUAUCUUUGGUUUGCUACCCCAAAUGACGCCUUUGAGUUCUGGAUCGUCGCACCACUGGCUAGCCUGGAACUCCUUGUGCCGCAGAAGUUGGCAGAGGACAUGCCAACGGAGGACUCGACUUCCGCAAACCCUCCGAUGAACCUCGAAGAUUCUGAUAGAGCAAAAGCUGAUGUCAAAAUUCAGGCAGUUGAGAGCUGGUUGACAUUCUUCUUCUCAUCCGACCUUCUCUUGCUCCUGCUCCUUUUCCUCCUCCUACUUAUGCUCCUCCACCUAUCUCUACGUUCCAAAGAAGACUCGGCAGGCAAUUUCGUGAUCUUCGGGAUGCCCUUGAUUCACUACAACAAGCUUGCGAAGUGCUGGUCUCUCGCCAGAACGCGACUAGAAAAGGCUGAAAAGCGACUCAAUCAAAUUGAGGCGCAGGCGAAGGAGGAACUCUCCACCAUACAGGAUAAACGACCAUGCACCGAAAUCAAAGCAACUCUCCUCCAAAAUGUGAAUGAUUCCACGUCUUUUAUGGUUCGCUAUUACCUGGAAAUCUUCUCCAUCAUUUAA